AUGGAAUCAAUGAAAGGUUGGUUUGAGGGUCCUGAAUUUCUAUAUAGCGACGCACCACUAAGGCCAUUCAAACCCGAAAUUACACUAAAAAACAUGCCGGAGGCUCGCUCUACAAUUCUAGCUACGCAGGAGGUGAACACGGAGUCUAAUACAAGCAUCAUUCACAAGUAUUCUUCAAUUACUAAGUUGAAACACAUUAUAGCCCAUUGCUUACGUUUCAAGAACAACGCAUUGAAUUCAACGAAGCGAACAAACGAGCCACUAACGGUUCAAGAAUUGGAUGAGGCACUAAUCGUAAUAGUAAAAAUGUGUCAAGCUACCGAGUUCCGCCAAGAACUACAUGAUCUGCGCAAUAAAAGGCAGUUGGAUUCUAAGAGCAAAUUACUAACGUUGCAUCCAUUCCUUGACGCUAAUGACAUAAUUCGCGUAGGGGGAAGACUGAAACAUGCGCCAAUAGAGUACUCUAGAAAACAUCCAAUUAUACUACCCAGCAAACAUCAUUUGACGGAGUUAAUAAUUAGAGAUACGCAUUAUAAAAAUCUACACGCGGGAUCUCAAACGAUAUUAGCAACUAUUCGUAAUAAUUAUUGGAUCAUAUCAGGCAAAAACGCCAUACGGCGCGUGUUGAGAAAAUGUAUAGUUUGCUUCCGUGCGAAACCUAUAACAACUACACAAUUAAUGGGCAACCUACCCGCCGAUCGAAUUACCCAAGCACGGCCAUUUAUCAAUACCGGCGUAGAUUAUGCGGGGCCGUUCAGUAUAAAAAUAUCUCGAAAUAAAACAGGAAAGGCUUAUCUAUCCAUCUUCAUUUGUCUAUCAACAAAGGCCGUACAUUUCGAACUGGUAUCCGACCUAAGUACGACAGCAUUUUUAAACGCGAUAAAGCGAUUUAUCGCUCGAAGGGGUAGAUGCGUCAACUUAUAUUCAGACAAUAGCACAACCUUCGUCGGUGCCAACAAUCAGCUGUUAGAAUUAAAAGAAUUUCUCGCUAAGGGGGCAACUCAAGGCCGAAUACAAGAAUAUUUAGUAGAGCAAUCCAUCAAUUGGAAGUUCAUACCCCCAUAUUCUCCACACAUGGGUGGGCUAUGGGAGGCAGCUGUUAAAUCCGCGAAAACACACAUGAAAAGAGUCAUUGGAAUGACGAUACUUAGUUUCGAAGAACUGUACACUAUUUUG